AAAGCACCUGACCUCAUCUGCAGCUCCGAACUCAUGGUCUGCAGCAACACAGCAAAUCAGACUCACCCACUGGAACUGGACAGAAUCAGGACACCAGGUCUGAGACCCUGAGAGAGCACAAUAGAGCAGGUAUGGAGCUCCAUACCAACAGAACAGACCGUAGCAGCAUCUUUACCAAGCAGGUCCUCCCUUCGUUCUACAUCGUCAUCUUUGUUGUGGGUCUGAGUCUAAAUGGCAUGGCUGCCUGGAUCUUCUUCAGAGUCCCUGCAGAUUCUGCUCUGGUGGUCUAUCUGAAGAAUAUGGUUGUGGCCGACCUCCUCAUGUUGUUCUCCUUCCCCUUCAGGGUAGUGGCGCAUAUGGGUUUCGACAGCCGCUACUUUUGGAUGAUCAACUGCCGCUUCAAUGCUGUGCUCUUCUACUUUUCCAUGUAUGUAGGAAUGCUCUUCAUAGGCUAUAUCAGUGUUGAGCGCUACAUCAAGAUUUCCCAACAUGCCCCAUCCUCCACCGCCACCUCCGCCUCCAGGUCAAAAUGUGGAUUGUCUAUUCUACACCUUGUGCAGAGUACCACCUUUUCCCGGGUUCUGGCAGUCCUCACCUGGGUUCUCCUCUUCUUAUUCUCUGCUCCCAACGCCAUGCUGACGAGCUGGCCAGCCAACGAGCAUAACUUCACAAAAUGCAUGCAGCUAAAGACGCCACUGGGUAUCCAGUGGCACAAAGUAUCCAUCCUCUUCAACUUGUCCCUAUUCUGGGUGACACUGCUUAUUGUGGCUUUUUCCUACACCUUCAUUGCUCAUCAGAUGUACAAGACCUACCACUGCAUGCAGCGCGACAGCAGGGAGGUCUACCGCAAGUCCACCCGCAACAUCUUUAGCAUUUUGGCUGUGUUCUUCCUCUGCUUUGUGCCGUACCACGUCUGUCGUGUGCCUUACACCAUAAGCCAGAUGUCACCAUUAAGCUUCAGCAGAGAUGGCAACUUCUUGCUUCACCAGAUCAAAGAGGGGACUCUCUUCCUGUCAGCGCUGAAUGUCUGCCUCGACCCCCUGAUCUACUUCCUAAUGUGUCCAACUUUCAGAAAAUCACUGAUAAGGAAACUCUUAGGUAGAAAGAGGAGGAGGCUGCUGUUGACCAAUCAGUGUCAGCGAGGGACUGAAGGAAAGGAUGCAAGGCAAGAGGAGACACUGAAGGGGAAGACAAUGACAGAAUAGAUGGUGGAAUAGGAUGCAGGAGGCAAUUAGAGAAGGAGAUCCCUGGUAACCACAGAAAGUCCAGGUAACAUCUAGGUCAAAAGGAGAAAGGACUAACAUAGGGAAGGAGGGAGGAGGCGAGGAUGGCGGAAACAGGAGGCUAGACAUUUUUGUGCACCUUUGGGGAUAGAAAAGGAUGAGGAAUCCACAAACCCUGAACUUCAGGAACAUCUAGCAGAAGAGGACAGGAGCAGAGUAAGACAGAUGUGAAGUCAUUUUUGUAUGAACUUGUGGCUAUGAACCGUAGAAGCCUCUAGUUAGGGGCUCGUUGGUGCCCAGCAUGACCAACAUUGCACUGUUGGAAUGAGAAAAGAAAUACACCAACCAUAUCAGGACACUGAGAGCUUUUGCAUAGGAGUAAUGUAAGAAGAUAUGAAUGACCAUCAAGGUUUGGUAUGGUGGGGUUUGGCUCUGUUUGUCAUGAAUAUG